AUGUAUAAAGGUGUUUUGAAGAGACUGAUAGAAAAAUGCAAAGAUGGAGAAAAUGUACUUAACAUAUGUGAACUUGGCGACAGUCUGUUAUUAGAAGAAACUGGAAAAGUCUUUAAAAAGGAAAAGGAAUUAAAAAAAGGUAUUGCUUUUCCAACAUGUGUUUCUGUGAACAACUGCAUCUGCCAUUUUUCACCUCUGAGAAGUGAUCCUGAUAUCAUAUUGAAAGAAGGAGAUGUUGUAAAACUAGACCUUGGAGCUCAUAUUGAUGGUUUUAUUGCUGUUGUGGCUCAUACCCUAGUAGUUGGUACUUGUAAGGAAAAUAAGGUGACGGGAAGAAAGGCUGAUGUAAUAUGUGCUGCACACUUUGCUGCAGAAACUGCUCUACGAAUGGUAAAGCCAGGGGGUGAGAAUAUUGCUGUCACAGAUGCAAUACAAAAGGUAGCUGAAUCUUUCAAGUGUAAACCCAUUGAAGGCAUGCCAUCACAUCAGUUGAAACAGUUUCAGAUUGAUGGAGAAAAAUCUAUAAUUCAAAAUCCUACUGAAGCACAGAGAAAGGAACAUGAGAAGUGUGAGUUUGAAUUACACGAGGUUUAUGCCAUAGAUGUUGUCAUCAGUACAGGAGAAGGAAAGGGCCGAGAAAUGGACACAAGGACUACAGUGUACAAGAAGACAGAUGAAAUUUAUCAAUUAAAAAUGAAAGCAUCUAGAGCAUUCUUCAGUGAAGUAGAAAAGAAGUUUGGAAACAUGCCUUUCACUUUGAGGGCCUUGGAAGAUGAAAAGAAGGCCAGGAUGGGUGUAGUAGAAUGUGUUAAUCAUAAACUAAUAGAACCAUUCACAGUUUUAUAUGAAAAGGAAGGAGAACUGGUGGCCCAGUUUAAAUUUACUGUAUUACUCAUGCCUUCUGGUUCACACAAAAUAACCGGUGAAGCAGUGGAUUGGGACAUGUAUGAAACAGAACAUGACAUUAAAGAUGAUACCAUCAAGGCAUUACUUAGCAAGUCUGUGGCACCUAAAUCAGGAAAAAAGAAGAAAAAGAAAGCAGAAAAGGCAGUAGCAGAAUCAGUGGAAGGCUUAGAAAAAGGAGAUCCUAACAUCAAUACGAAAGGUGAAGACUGAGAGUGUUUAAAGGAUAAAAAGGGCGAAUUUCAAUGAAGACUUACUAAACCAGCCGAGGAAGCAAGGAUAGCCGGCCCAUCAUGAUUGGUCAUCUCAUGCAGAAAAAAAAAGUGUACAGUACCUGAUCUUAUCCUGGCUGUGACGUGAAAUAAUGUUGCCUUUGUUCUUUGUAUUUUUAUAUUGACUUUCUCAAAUUAAUGUUUAGAAAAUUGAUCUUGGUUAAUAUCAUCACAAUUGACACAGUAUGAGAAUUUUUUACUUCAUCUUAUUAUUGUUUUUUAUUAUUAUUAUACCUCUUUCUGCAUUUUUUCUUAUUUAAAGUAGGACAUUUAAAAAGGUGUCAAGGUUUGAGAAACAUUUAGUGAAAGGAAGUUCUUUCAGUCUUUUGGUUAUGGGAAAAAAAAGAAACAGGUUCUAUUCCUGUUUAGUAGUAUUUAUUUGAAGCCUAAGCUAUGAAGGUACAGUUGUAAUUGUUUAGAAGUCUAACUUUGCACAUGUCCAUUUUGUUUUGUAAAUAAUGUGAACAUUCAGUGGCGAUAAUAUUUUUUUUGCAUGUAAUUUAUAACAUUUUCUGAAAAUGUGUUACGGUAAUGCUAAUCUGUGAAAAUUUAUUUUAUCAGUAAAAAUGACUAAUUGUGUAGUUUAAAAUAUACUUUUCAGUUAACAUUACAUAAAUUUUCAGGAGUACUUGUAAGCUUUUCAUUGUUUUUGAAGUCUUUUAAAACAUUGGCUUUUUUUUUACAGUUCAGUGUAAGAUAAUGAUUUAAAGUUAUAUUAAUUAUCUUUUGGAAACCCUUAUGAAGUGUUUUUUAUACAUGAUGUAAUUGGCUGAGGCUGUGGGUCCAUGCUUGUCUUUAAUAAAUAAAACGCCCUUUUGGAAAAA